UCCAGGCCUAUUUAUAUAAAUAGUAUAUAACACAUUGGCUAGUGUCAAGAUCUUGCUAAUUAUUUUGUGCAAUAUGAAGGCUUCAUUGCAUUUGCAGAAGAAGGAAAGAUCAUAAAGGUUAUGCUAAGUUUCAGUUUCGAUUCACUCACCAGCUCCCUUCUAAACACAUAGUGUUCCUGUUAGUGUUCCGAACCAAUUGGAAAGAAUAUAACGUUGUUUAACCGGUUGAAGAAAUGACGGAAUCGACCAUAACUAAACUUAUUUGUGCUAACCAUGGAUCAAUGAACGUCGAUGAAUUAGAUGCGAAUUUUUACAGUGACUUGCCCGUCUCGGUGCGGGAUGUAAUUACGAAUCAAGCUAAAUUUUGUUUUGUUGUUUUUGACGAAGAGCAAAGGGUGUUAGCCAGGACUGGAGUUCGACUGUGCAGAUCCAGCGAUUGCCAGGGAUGCCGAAAUUUACAUUUUUGUAAACGAUUCCUGCUUGGAGAUUGCCCGUUCAGUCGGAGAAGAGGAGGAUGUCGCUUCAACCAUGACCUGACUUCGGGGGACAACAGCAGAGUCCUGAAAGAACACGGACUGGAGGAACUGAACAGAUCUGAGCUGUGCACCCUGCUGCUUCAGAAUGAUGGCUUUAUCUUACCACCAGUGUGCCACAACUACAACAACGGUGUUGGAGAGUAUGGCAAAUGCCAGGAUGGCGAGACAUGCAAGAGGCUCCACAUCUGUGAGAUGUAUCUCAGGGGUAGCUGCAACUGUCCCAGGUGCCAUGAUUUCUACGAACCCCACCCAUUAAAAAUCCUGCAGGACAGAGGGGUGCCCAACGAGCUCAUUGCCUCCCUGAAGUCUGUGUACAUGAACAGGGAGUGGUUGCAAAAGCAAGACCAUGCCAAGCAAGGCAAGGGGCAACAUCAAAGAGAUAAAUCUGAAAUAUGUAUGUACUUCAUCAAGGGCAGUUGCAUACACGGUGAUAAGUGCUUUAAAGCCCACUCUACCAUGCCCUACCAAUGGGAGGUGAAGGAGGGACUAAACUGGACAGCUCUACAAGACAACGAGGUGAUUGAGAAGGACUAUUGCGACCCAGCAAAGACAUACAGUCGUGGAGUCCAGCCUGUGUGUUUCGAUACGAUGACCUGCGGCCUGAACAAAGCCCGGCGUCUCUCCACCGUCUCCUCUGUGCUACAGCCUAUAUUCAUCCUCACCACAGAGUGGGCCUGGUUCUGGGAGGAUCAGUUUGGAAACUGGAUCCAGUACGCAUCAGCGAUCAGUGGACACAGGGCAGCCACCAUCACCAGUGAAGACCUGGAGAAGAGGUUCCAGGAAGACAACAAGGCUGUGAUGGAGUUCACCGCGGGGUCACAGACCUAUGAACUCAGUUUCCCAGACAUGAUUCAAACAAACAAGCAGUACAACACCAAGAAGGUUGUGAGAAGACGGCCUGUGUUUGUCUCUUCAGCUGAUGCACAAACUAUCAAAACCAGCAAAAGGGCUCCGAUCAAUCACUCAAAUUUCAGAGCUUUACCAGGACACUGGGACAAGGCACAAACUCCUGAAACAGGAUACAAGAGAGUCGACCUUCCGUGCUUGUCAGUGGAGUUUAAGGAGAUUCAAGGGUUUUUUCAGAAGACCAUGAGAGGCUUCAGCAUCCGCCAAAUCGAGAGGAUUCAGAACAAAGCCCUUUGGGAAGUCUUUCAGUGGCAAAGGGAUCUCAUGAAGAAGAACAACAGAGGGAGGAAUGUGACGGAGAAACAGCUUUUCCAUGGCACAGACUCCAAAUACCUCCAUGCCAUCUGCCUUAACAACUUUGACUGGCGGAUCUGUGGACUAAACGGAACAGCCUAUGGGAAAGGGAGUUACUUUGCCAGGGAUGCCAAAUACUCCAACAGCUACACUGGCCAAUCAAAUAUGAGGUCCAUGUUUGUCUGUCGUGUGUUGGUGGGAGAUUACACCGAAGGGCACUCCCACUACCUCCGCCCCCCCUCGAAGGACGGAGGGGACACCAUCUUCUACGACAGCUGUGUGGAUGACGUCAGCAACCCCUCCAUCUUUGUGGUGUUUGAGAAGCACCAGGUGUACCCAGAGUACCUCAUCCAUUAUGGUGAUGACGACGCAUGGUCGCAAGACUACCAGCAAUACUACCGUCCAGCUCCUGUACCUGUACCUGCUCCAACACCUAGACCAGCACCAAAAUACAGACCAGCACCAACCCCUGCACCUAAAUCUGACAACUCAUGUGUCAUUAGUUGAGGCUGACUGUGAGGUGUGAACCCUUUGAUAUUAAACUGAGGCAAAAACUUAUGCUUUCUUGAAUUAGAGAAAUGGAUUUAGCACUCUGUUAAAUGUGUUUGACAAAUUACAGCUAAUCUUGGGAUGCACCUUACUAUGAUUACUAGAUGUGCAAGACCACAUGAGGGAGAAGGAUGUCUUCCCUGUAAGAGAUUGUAAUAACAACAAGUGCAUCAGUUCAACAGUUACGGGUUUCAAUCAUUUUAUGAAUGUAAUCAGUCUGUUUUCUUUGCAUUGAUGGGUUCUGACUUAAAAUAUGAAAUAUCCUUAUUCAUGUCACUGAGGAAGGGAAUGCAGAACGUUUACAUUCUGUCAGAACAUGUUAUGGUUAGACAUCAGGUAUCCUAUGGAAAGGAGAAGGGCCACAGUCUGGUACAAGUCAACAAGGCACACGUGAGUUGGGGAGAAGUGAGGAAUUUGGGACGAAAUCAAGUCAGAUGAAGUGAGAAAGAACAGGAAUCACUGAAGUCCUGUCUAGCAACGGUGAUCUAUUGGCUGUCCAGAUGUGUAGGGAGGAGACUCGGCAUAGGAGGAGGGUUUAAAUACCAGUGUAAAUAUGUCUUUGUCUUUCAGCUGUUUGAACCAUUGGGUGAAUAAACUUGGUUUGAGCUUUA